GGGAGGGCAGGCGGGCAGUGGAAUCCGGCGGGCGCCUUCAAGUGCCGCGGUGCCUGUUGGGAAAGCGAGUUCGGGGCUCCCUGACCGAGCCGUGAGGGCUUCGGGACUACAGUUCCCGGCGUGCCCCGGCGUGGCCAGGACCUGGAAGUGAGGGCGUGCGGGCCCUCUUUGGAAGUUGUCCCGGGUGUUAGUUGCCGGAGCCCCGGGUCGAGAGGACGAGGCGCUGCAGUCGCCCGAGGAGCAGCCGCCGCCGCCGCCACCCCGCCACCUCCUCCUUCUCCUCUUCCUGCCCCCGGAGCUUGGCCGCAGCCACCGCCCCCGCCUCUCCCUGCCCGAGACCCCUCCGCUACAAUGAAAGCUGCCAUCUUCCUGCCCUCCCCCGACCUCCGUUGCUCCCUGCUGCUUUUGAUAACUUGGAUUUUUACUCCAAUAACAGCUGAAAUAGCAAGUCUUGAUAGUGGAAAUAUAGAUGAAAUUUUAAACAAUGCAGAUGUUGCCUUAGUUAAUUUUUAUGCUGACUGGUGUCGAUUCAGCCAGAUGUUGCAUCCAAUUUUUGAGGAAGCCUCCAAUGUCAUUAAGGAAGAAUAUCCAAAUAAGAAUCAAGUAGUGUUUGCCCGAGUAGAUUGUGAUCAGCACUCGGAAAUAGCCCAAAGAUACAGGAUAAGCAAAUAUCCUACCCUAAAACUGUUCCGGAAUGGCAUGAUGAUGAAGAGGGAAUACAGGGGUCAGAGAUCAGUGACAGCAAUAGCGGAUUACAUCAGGCAACAAAAAAGCGACCCUAUUCAAGAAGUUCAUGACUUGGAAGAAAUCAAAUUUCUUGAUCGCAGUAAAAGAACAAUCAUUGGAUAUUUUGAACAAAAGGACUCUGACAACUAUAGAACUUUUGAAAGAGUAGCAAAUAUUUUGCAUGAUGAUUGUGUCUUCUUUUCUGCAUUUGGGUCUGUUUCAAAACCAGAAAGAUUUAGUGGGGACAACAUAAUCUACAAACCACCAGGGGAACACGCUCCAGAUAUGGUAUACCUAGGAUCUUUAACAAAUUUUGACUUGGCAUAUGCUUGGACUCAAGAUAAAUGUGUUCCUCUUGUUCGGGAAAUAACAUUUGAAAAUGGAGAGGAAUUGACAGAAGAAGGACUGCCUUUUCUCAUACUUUUCCACAUGAAAGAGGAUACAGUGAGUUUAGAUGUAUUCCAAAACGAAGUAGCCCGGCAGUUAAUAAGUGAAAAAGGUACAAUAAACUUUUUACAUGCUGACUGUGAUAAAUUUAGACACCCACUUCUGCAUAUACAGAAAACUCCAGCAGAUUGCCCUGUAAUAGCCAUUGACAGCUUCAGGCACAUGUAUGUCUUUCCAGACUUCAAGGAUUUAUCGAUUCCAAACAAGCUUAAGCAGUUUGUAUUAGACUUGCAUUCAGGAAAAUUGCACAGAGAAUUUCAUCAUGGUCCUGAUCCCACUGAUGUUGCCCCUGGACAGCACGUUCAAGACGUAGCAAGCAGUCCACCAGAGAGUUCCUUUCAAAAACUAGCACCCAGCGAAUAUAGGUAUACCUUAUUGAGGGAUCGAGAUGAGCUUUAAAAACUUGAACAAAAAAUUGCAAGCCUUUCAAACAACAGCAUCAACUUAUGUGGUGGAAAUAGUAAACCUAUAUUUUCAUAAUUCUAUGUGUAUUUUUAUUUUAAAUAAACUGAAAGAAAGGUUUGGGUUUUUAAUUCCCCUGACUCAAAUUAUAUGGUUUGGUGGGUCAUCCAAUAUAACUUCUUUUUUAAAGUCCUAUUAAUAUUUAAUAAGAACAAUGCAUCAGAGGCCCAUUUUCACUUUGGAUCUAAUCCUGACCUCCAAAAUGUUCAUAAAUCCAAUGGAAGUAAUAUUGCCAGAGACAAUAUGUUGUUAACUUGCGCUGCUCCAUUAAAUCCGAAUUGGGAUGUUUUCUGUGUAACCUGGUAGUAUGUACUCUCUUUUCCCCCUUCUUUUCCAUAGGAACAGUUCUGUUGGUACUUUUGUUGUCCCACUUCUCACAACAAAGAGGGUAUAUAUUCUGGAUACUUGGGAGGGGAAUAAAUUAAAGUUUUACAGAAUUUUGUGUUGUGUUACUGAUUCAUGGGAUGCUGCUUGUGAAAAUUUGAUUAUAAUCUUUUGGGAUCUUUGACAUGUAACCUAAACCUGUUACUGAAGAAGCCAGAAAGCCCUAAGUCAAAAUUUGGCCUGACACUCUCUGAGCUUAAAAAGAGAAAGAAAAGGGAAAAAUGCUGUUAAGCUUAUAAAUGUUUACAUAAUAAUGUCUGUGGGAGGUAUUUCAAACUAUUAAGAGUGAUUUAUUUAUAAAUUUGGAAAAAAAAUUCUAAUUCCAAUGAAUACCAGUGUUUCUAAUGGGGAAUCCAACAAAUAAAAUCUGUUCAAUUUA